GUUGGCUCUCAGGAGACCUUUAACUUCAGUCAUCGCGAGGAAGACGGAAGUGUUCAAGUUUGGGACGUCGCGCCUGCCGGGAUUUGAGAAUAACGAGUGUACAGAUAUAUUAACAUGGCGGGCAGUGUUUAAACCCGGGAUGACACGUCAGUAUGUACCUUUCACUCCGGAAACAUGAGGGUACCGAAGUUCGCCAGCGCGUUCCUCUUCGUCGCCUGUGUCGUGGCCUACCUGACGUAUGUCAAGCGGCAUGUGGACCUCGCGAAGCCCUCGCUGUUCCAGGAGCCCCCCGGCUUCAGGAGCGGCGAGCGUGAGGGGUGCCAGCCGGCCUCGGGGGACCUCAAUCACAGCAGCCUCCAGUAUGGGAUCAUGUUCGACGCGGGGAGCACUGGAACCAGGAUUCAUGUCUUCCAGUUUGUGCAGGAAGUAAAUGAGGCUCCCAAACUGGCCCAUGAAACUUUCAGAGCAAUAAAACCAGGGCUGUCUGCUUAUGCUGAUGACCCGGACAAGUGUACAGCUGGGCUGCAGGAGCUGCUGGAAGUGGCUAAAAGCAGCGUUCCCUGCGUCCUGUGGAAAAGCACUCCUUUGGCACUGAAGGCAACAGCUGGGCUGCGUCUGCUUCCUGGAGAAAAGGCCACCAACCUGCUGGAUAAGGUGAGAGAAACCUUCAAAGCAUCACCCUUUCUGACUGGAGAAGACAGCGUGUCCAUAAUGGAUGGCAUUCACGAAGGUAUUUCAGCAUGGAUAACUGUCAACUUUUUGAUAGGAAGCUUCCACAACCCCGAGAAGCGCACGGUGGGGAUGCUGGAUCUGGGAGGAGGCUCGACCCAGAUCACCUUCUCCCCACGAGAUGAGAAAACAAUCCAGACCUCUCCUGUUGGUUACAUUACAUCAUUCCAGAUGUUUAAUAGCACCUAUACACUCUACUCCCAUAGCUACUUGGGUUUAGGUUUAAUGUCGGCAAGACUUGCGAUUUUAGGAGGAACCGAAGGGCAACCCUUGGAGAAAGACCAGGAACUGGUGAGCCCUUGCUUGGCCCCAGGUUACAGAGGCCAGUGGGAACAUGCUGAAGCUGUCUACACAGUGAGGGGUCAGAAGGCAGGAGAACCUAUAUAUGAGUCUUGCCUCCAAAAAGUGGAGAAAAUGCUCUAUAGAAAAGUGAAAAAAGCAGAAGAGGCAUCAAAUAUGGACUUCUAUGCUUUUUCGUAUUACUAUGAUAGAGCUGUGGACGUAGGUUUAAUCGAUGAAAAGACCGGAGGGAAUAUCAAGAUGAAUGAUUAUAUCGAAGCAGCCAAAAGAGUGUGCAGUGGUAUGGAAGUCACUGCCAGAGAAAAUCCCUUCCUGUGCCUAGAUCUGACUUACAUAUCCGUCCUGCUACAAGAGCUGGGGUUUUCCAAGGAAAACAUUUUUAAGCUCGCGCGGAAGAUUGACAACGUGGAGACCAGCUGGGCUCUAGGCGCUUCUUUCCAGUACACGGCUCAGUCUGUGGAGCGACUCAGAAGUGUGUGAGGACAGCGAGACUGUCUGGGAAGCUGAAGCCGGGAAAUAAUUGAUUGUAAUUCACAUUAUGGUACUUCAUUAAUAGGGUUCUUUGUGUUUGAUGUUUAUUUUGGUCCCAUGACUCCACUGUGAAAUAAGCUGAUUUUUUCCCCAGUGAAGAACACUAGAAGUCGGCUAAUUAUUGUAUAUUGUGUUUUUCCACAUCAGUGUCUCAAACAGUUCACAGGUGACAAUAGUCACUUAUCCCAGGGCCUGUUUAGCUUGAAUCUCAAGCCAGCAGUUUCAGAGUUGAGAUUAGAGUGUUUUCUUUUUUUAUAAUGGUUUUAACUGCCAGUUAAACAACACAUGCGGACAAACGUUCUUUUCAGCAGAACGGAAGUCAAUGUAGUGUAACAUAAUUACAAAUACAGUGUUAAUAAUGAAUCAUUCUACAUUCAGAGAGCACUGAAAACUUUCCAUUCAAUUGUGAUACCGUAAAAACUUGAUUAUGAUGCUUACCAUUUAAAAAGAUGUGGGCAGUUGGGAAAAUAAGCACUGAGUACAGUCAUAUUAAAAAUGUGAAUGAGUACUGUAUUUCCCGUGGCGUUUUGGGCAUCAUUGACAUUAUCGAUUGUUUUUUAAAUUCUACAUAUGCAAGUUCCAACUCAUUAAACAGAGUGAAGGCUGUGAGGCUUUGAAAUGUAUUUUUACAUGCUUGAGAAGGAAAUGUAUUAAUGUAUGUGGUAUUUGAAUGUAUUGGGGAAAUAUACAGUAGUUAGUAUGUCUGAAGUUGUACAUACAUGUCAGUUUCUGAAAACACAGAAGUUCAGAUGUUUCCGUGGUCUCGGAGAGAGUGAUCUCUUUGAGAAGGCCAUUUGACCCUACUGGUUUGCUUGGUUGCUAGUAGUCUUCCAAGGAUCUCCUUCAGGUGCUUCAUGAAAGUCAAGGUGUCAGCUUUGAAAACAUGGCUGGGUAGUGCGUUUUAGACUCCCACAACCCUUAGUGUAAAAAAGUGCCUCUUGUUCUCACUUCUAACUAUAUUUUUGCUCAGUUUACAGCUGUGCUCUCUGAUGAGUGUUUUACCACUGGUUUUGAAGAGGUCUAGUGGGUUGAACAUGUUGGUGCCCUUCAGUGUUUUCAGUACUUGAAUCAGACUCCCUCUCUCUGCUCAAGUCUUGGAAGUAAGAUGUAUUGGUCUGUAACUACUUACGUUUGGUUUGUUUUUAUGGACUGGCGGUAGCAAUUUUCCUGUCAGUGGUUAUUUCCCCUCUUGAGUGACUGUUCAGAGUUUUGUUUAUAGAUUAUAAAUUAUUUGCUUAGGUACAAUUGGUAAAAUACCUUCAGGCCCUGUAAAUAUGUUUAUCCUGUAUUUAUCUUAUGACUGUAACACUUUUGCCUCUUUUAUACUAAUACAAUUGUUAUUUCUUUGCUUCUUUGCCUGAUGCAUGUUGUUGAUUUCUUCCUUGGUGCCACAUUAUGUGAAAUAUUAAAAUUAAUAUAAGCUAUUUCUCUUUCAUCAUCUAAAUGUUCAUCUCUGAGAUGCUUUACUUAAAACAUUACUGUGCUGUUGUAGAACUGAAAAACAUUUUGUUUUGACCUCAUAUGACUUAUCUUGUCACUCUAUUUGUAAUGUUUUUUACCAGAAAAUGUAAGUAAUUGUUGUCUGAUGUAAUGAGUCUUACAUGUGGCAGUAUUUAAAUGUCUGAUUACUGUACAUGUUGAUAAAGCACUAUUUUGAAACUGAAACUGAAACGUCUACUUUGCAGACCGUGAAUAUGAAUAAUAAAUGCAUUUUAAAUGUAAUGACAGUGCAUUCUAUCUGAAAGAAAAUUAAAAGCUUACAUUGUUUUGGGUGACUUUGGUUUGCUUUUUCAAAUUAAACUUGCUAGAUCAAAGCAUGAAAACAA